CGCGGUCUCUCCCGGGCAGGCGCGCGGGCACGCGCACUGGCGGGCGCGCGCGCGCGGACGGCCGGGCGGAGGCGGCGGCUCUCGGAGGCGGCGGCUUCACUUUCCAGGACUCCGGGGCGACCACCGCAGCAGCGUGUGGGGGGCAGCAGCCUCGGGAGCCGGAGCUGGGACGGCCGGGGGCGGCGGCGGCGGCGCGGAGGGAUCUAAAAUGUCCACUGAGGCCCAGAGAGUUGAUGACAGUCCCAGCACUAGUGGAGGAAGUUCUGAUGGAGACCAGCGUGAAAGUGUUCAGCAGGAACCAGAAAGAGAACAAGUUCAGCCCAAGAAAAAGGAGGGGAAACUAUCCAGCAAAACAGCUGCUAAAUUGUCAACUAGUGCUAAAAGAAUUCAGAAGGAACUUGCAGAAAUUACGUUGGAUCCUCCUCCCAACUGUAGUGCUGGACCCAAAGGAGACAACAUUUAUGAAUGGAGGUCAACGAUAUUGGGACCCCCAGGAUCUGUCUAUGAAGGAGGGGUGUUCUUUCUUGACAUUACCUUUUCACCAGACUAUCCGUUUAAACCCCCUAAGGUUACCUUCCGAACAAGAAUCUAUCACUGUAAUAUUAACAGCCAAGGCGUGAUCUGUCUGGACAUCCUAAAGGACAACUGGAGUCCGGCCCUCACCAUUUCUAAAGUUCUCCUCUCCAUCUGCUCACUUCUUACAGAUUGCAACCCUGCUGACCCUCUGGUAGGCAGCAUUGCCACGCAGUACAUGACCAACAGAGCGGAGCACGACCGGAUGGCCAGACAGUGGACCAAGCGGUAUGCCACCUAGGGCCUGCGCUGCCGCCCGCCGGACCUGUGCAAGCACAUUCACCAAGUGCAUCAAUAGCCCCACCCACCCCUCCGGACCUCGGUUCUUAUUUUCUUAUUUUUAUUAAACUUUGAACCAUGUCAUCCUUCCCCCUUCUCCCUCUUUCCUCUUCCUGCUUUUCCUUUGCUUUUCCUCCCUCCGCCCCAUCCCCUUCCUCCGGUUGUGUUCCCUUUUUAAUUUCUGUUAACUUGAAAGGUUUGGGUUCUUUUUCCCACCUCCUCGUGGAUGGGAACUUUGUUUUCAGUGCAAACAAUGUUGGAUCUGUAAUAGUAAGAGCUUUCUUACAAAGCUUUGUAUUACUGUGUGGUUUUGUUUUUCGUUGUUCGUUUUAUUUUGAUUUUCGGGAAAACACGAAUUCAGAAUUAUAUCUCGUUUCUACUUAAAUGUAGUGCUUAGGGUUAAUUUUUUGUACUGAAGUCUUUAUUGGUGGGUGCAUGCUACUGGGAACAAGUUUUUGUACAAAAGCUUCAAUCAGAAUCACUGUGCAUUACUGAGACUCUGUUUAUCACUAGCCUUCUGUCCCCCACGCAGAAGACUAUUGGAUUGAACAAAAUAAUAAGUAUUUUGAUUUACUUAAAGUGCUUGUAAAUUUCUUAGGGACCUGCCACUUUGGACUGUGGAUCAGUUGAUGUACACUUGUAUUAUUAAAGCACUCAAUAAAUCACUGUGGCUGACAAAC